UCCUAAAAUGGACACAAGUCAGUCAUGGAAAUUAAAACGCUAUGGACGUUACGCUCCUGGCUCUACAAGCGGAAAACCGUGGAAGGUAUUUGAGGCAAAUGGCAAUAAACCAGAAAUCUUCCUCACCAUUGUGGAACCUGGAUACUUGCUGGUAGUGCAAGGACAGGAAAGCUUGGAUACAGUCCCUUUGCUCUGUGGAUCCAGUUCGCUGAAAGUACACCAGAAAUCUGACGAACUGAUGUUUCGACUUAUUGUGAAGGGGGAGAGCCGCAUGAUGAGGAUGCAGUUUGAUGGAAGUAACAGGGCAGAGGCAAUAAAGGAGUGUUCAAGAGCUGUAGAAAAACUGAUGGAGCACAUUCCUGUCACUGCACAGGAUGACGCCCCAUUGCCCCCUAAUCAGUCGCCCGCUGAGGUCCCUGCACCAGUGACACAGACUUGGCAGGAAAAGGCUGGGAGAGCUGUGCCUGAGGUUGUCCAAGGAUCAUUGUCCAUCGAGCACCUCGCUCAGCACUUCUUGGGAGAGACUGCUUUGACUCUGCCUCAAGUAUAUCACCACAGUUUUUUGGAACAAGGGGACUUGGAGCCCAUCCUGCGUGUUUGUCUGCUGGAUCCCAGCUUUCCUGCAUUUGUGGAGAAGGUGGAGGGGGAGCUGAGGAAACUGCUUCCAGAGUGAAGAAUCUCAACAAGAGCUGAAGGCAGAAAGGUCAAGUCAGUGCAAUGUGUUUUUUCAUAUACACUUUGUGUGGGCGGUGCCUGGUGGUGGUGGUGGUGGUGGAGUGUUUCUUGCUGCGCUGCCGAUGUUGUUUGAAAUGUUACACAUUAGUUGUUAUUGUAUACGGCCUGAAGAGGAUGCUCUGGAUGGUGUUGGAUUUAGGUGGUUAAAGGAAGAGCUUGCAAAAUAAAAUAAAAAAAUCUAGAUUCAUUUGUAAUUUUUUUAUUCAGAAAAAAAAUAUUGGUCUCACUCAUAUGUUUGAUCGUGGCUAUAUACUCUGGUCCCUCAGUUUCCACCUUAACGCAGGCCCGUUUCCACCGCAACACACAUGGAUACAUUGUAUUGAAAGAGGAGUCAUGCAGCUACAGCAGUGAAUUUUGCUAUGCCAGCUUCCAAGUGAUCCCACAAUAUUAAAGCUUCACUGAGUAAAACAAACUGCCCUCCAUAUAUCUAUUUAAGAAUACAUAUUGCAUAGGAUUAUAGCCAUGCUAUACAGUUAAAGAGAGAAAAAAUAAAAUACAAAAUAAAAAUCAAUCAAUGAAAUUGGGAAAUAUAAAAAAAAUAUUAUUUUUUUUUACAGAUUUCCUAUCAUUUGAACACUCAUACUUAAACAUAUACAAGACACCUAAGUUACUC